UAACAAGGUUAGAUGGAAGUAAGAGGCACAAUAGGGAAAACGUUGGUAUAUUUAUAGUUUUCACAUGAGAAGAUUUCUAGAGUGUUCACUAAGUAUUGACUAACGCUGAUUAGAUAAGAAUUAGCCAAUCAGCGUGCGCCAACGCAAGCGUGCAUUGAAAAUUAUUUAAUCCAAUCUAUGUCCCGCUAACACUCAAGUAGCAGCUUAAGCUCGAAUAUGGGAAGCGCGUAUAUCAGUACCCGAAUCCGAAGUCCGUUCAACACAACAACAAAAUCAUAAUAAGGAUAAUUCUUCAUUAUUUUACCGUCGGAUAAUUGCUAGUUUUAAUUUACAUUGUAGCAUUUCAAUGGUGGCCAGUUAAAUAUAAAUCCAGACAGUUCAGUAUAUUACACUAGCCAAUCUCUGGAGAUAGUCAAUCUCAAUGAACCAACUGUUUAUGAAAUGCGAUCUAAAGACAUGGAAAGUUUGUUGGAGUGCACUGAUCCACACAAAAAUGUGUACACAGUUGACAACUGGGCAAAUUGUAAUGUUCUUUUAACUGUAGGUAAUAAAAAACAUACUGUUAAUGAAGACUUAAAUACUGAAGUCAAUCAAAUUUAUUCAACUGAAUUAACAAAUGAAAACAAUCAACAAAUUGAAGAUUCAUUUCACACUGUUUUACAGAACAAAGACAACGCUGACAAUAAUGAAAUUAAUGAACCUCAUAAUAAUGAAAUAUCAAAUGAUGGUUGUUGUUUAUAUGAUGAACACAUACCGAGAUUAUUUUAUUUUGAUCCAAUUAAAAGAAUAGCUAUUGAACUCAUACAUCAUGAAGAAUAUAAGUGCUUGCUUCGAAGAGCUCAUAAUAUUCAAUCACCUCGUCAUCACAUAAAUAAAUUGACAAUGGAAGAAAAGUUGAUGUAUAUGAAUACGAAAAGUCAAAACACUUCAACAUCAGAUAGUGAUUUUUAUGAAGGUUUAUACUUAAGAGAACCAAUGCAAAAUAAUCCCAAGGUCUUCGGCCUGACGCUGAUGAAGUCACUAUCCACCAAUGAAACAGGAAAAUACUACGUUCAAGAAAAUAUUAUUCCUGAGGGUUUGAGCAGUCGGGAUUUCCAAACUAUAACACAUUCAUCAAAUUCAAACCCGCAUUCAGAUAUUCGAAAAUUAGGUGAAAGAGCCGGCAAAGGUCUAGAUAUCAUUAUGCCAUCUUUGGAAUAUCUUGGUUUAAAGCUUCCAGAAACAAACGUCACCCUUCUACCGGCCCAAAAAGGCAAAUCGAUAAAACGCGAGAUUCAUAAAUUUAAUGCUUAUUAUCAAGCUCUUCAUGCAAACGUAAGACGCUUUACUGAAUUCCCAUUAAUUACAUCCGAAAUUAAUCAAAGGUUUUUAGGUGUACUAUGCGCUUACACAGAAUACUACCUCAAUCGUUUAAAUGAAUGGUGCAGUCAACAACCAACAAGAUUAUCAGAAAUUAUGCAAUCUGAAUUAAGAUUGUUCUUGGAUCCAAUACCAACUGUAUCAAGUGUAUUAUCUAGAAAUAAGCAGAUAUCAUAUCCAAUUGAAAAUGAGAAUAUAACAGAUGUAUCCAGUUCCCCUAGUCAACAAACCACUGUCAGUCAAGAAAUAUCUCAACCAACUAACAAAUAUUCGCCAGCUAGACAAGAAGCAUUCAAACUAUUACGUCAAGAGAUUGAGAAAGCAAUGAGAGAUAGAGCAGCACUUAGGAGUACUCAUACACCUAACUACUUUCGGUCACAGGAAGGAAUCGGAUUUUUGCUGUCACAAAUCCCCGAUGUGAAAAAAUUGUCUAAAUUAGUGCCAGAAUUAAGUAAUCUACCAAGUCGAAAUCCUAAACAAAAUGAUAAAUCAACCUUAACAGAACAAUCGACUCUAAUUCUUAGUGAUUCUCCACCAAAUAUACCUAGUCCAUUAUUAAGAACAAUAGAGAAUGAUAAUGAGUUGAUCACGGAGAAAAUAACAGGAAAUACAAAUAAUAGCCAUUUAACUAUGAAUAAACUUAUCUAUAAUGACGGUUAUAAAACUGGAAUGAAAAUGUCAACUAGAGAAACAACAAAAAUAUGUUUUUAUUAUUAUGAUAUUGACCCGUCGCAAAUUAAAAUGAUUGACAAUCACAGUACUCAUGUGCCUUUGGAUGUUGUUGCCUUGGCUAAACAAAAGCAACUUCGAGUGCCAAAGUAUUUAUAUGCUAAAAGACCCAGUUUGCCUAAAUGCAACAACGGGGUAAAUGGAAUUAGCCAUGCCACAAAUUUCAAUGUAAAACAAGCACUUAUUGAAGAUCCUGUACGUCGUCGAGCCUUAUUUACAAGUAUUAUUGGCGGUCCACCGUUUGGUCAAUUUUCACUUAGACGAAUGCGUGGUUUACGUCUAACACCAAGUCGCAUUAAUGUUGGUGUGCUACCAUACGGUGUAACCCGUAGUUUUUCAGUGAAAUUAGUAAAUUGGGGUCCGGAAACAGCAUAUUUUAAAAUUAAACAACUACCAAUUCAAAGUGGGAUACGUGUUUUUUAUACUCCGGGACCAAUUCCAGCAGGCUUAUCUCGUCGAUUAACAAUUGAAGUAUCGAAUCAACGUCAAGACCGACUGGAAAGCUACCCAUCUAACCAACAGAUUGAUGACCGAGGACUAAAACAGACAGCAAACCAUGAUGCACCGAAGAAAUCCUGCCAUUCAAAUAUAAAAUGGGAUAUCGAUAAAUAUAAUGAAGAGAAUUCAAAAGAUAUUGAAAAUGAUAACUAUAACAUUGACAAUGACGAAUUGAAAGAGAAAUUAAGUAUAGACGAUAAAAUCAUCACCUUCUCGGAACAUCUUGAAAUAACUACUGACACACAUAUAUUGUAUUUGUUAAUAACAGGUUGCCGAAUUGAAAAUUAUAGUUCAGUACAGUCUUCAAUGCUUAAUGCUAGUGAAGAUAUCAUCAAACCGAGGUUUAUUCAACCUCUCAUGUCGUAGAAGGAAACAAGAAUACUACAAUUAAAAACACUGGGCAAAGACUUUUUUAUAAUUUACUAAUUAGGAAUCAACUUAUUGAAUAAAAUUAUAUUCUGGACGAAAUACUUAUGUCUUCUAUAUAUUGAGUAGUAAGAAUUCAAUAGAUAUGUAAUAUGGUACAAUCUGAAAUUCUAUUACAAUGACCCAAAUAUUAUACGUAAAAAUUAUACGUGAAAUAAUUUCAGCGACUGAAAUACAAAUAAUUCCAACGUUUCAUCUGGCAAUCAAUAAGAGUAUUUUUGAUAAUUUUGACUGUUUCCCUUAAGAAGUUAGACCAUUUUGCUGGAUAAAAAAUUUCUGUCACUGAAAUUAUUUCAAAUAUAAUUUUUACGUAUAAUGUCUUGUAUGUACUUACCUUAAAUAUCUUUCGAACUGAAUAUUCAAACUUCA